AUGCCUCCCCCUUGUCGCGCCUCCACUCCGCCCGACGCGACUCCCCUCCUUACACACUUUCCGCGCCUCCCGUCGCGCCUCCCGUCGCGCCUCCCCUCAUCGAGCCCCCCCGCCCCUAUUCGCGCCCCCUCGUGCCGCCUCCCCUCCCAUCGUCGCGCGUCCCGGCCCAUCAUCGCGCCUCGACUCCUUACGUCGUUCCUCCCCUCGUCACCUCAUCUCCCCUCGUCGCGCGUCCCCUCGUUGCACCUCCCUCCGCCGCGUCUCCCCUUCCCCUCUGUUUCCAUCCUUUCGUUCUCAUCCCCUCCCACGCCCGCCCUUUCCAUACUUCAAGUUUUCUCAUCCGUUCUCCUACGGCUUGGCGUUCAAGCGUGGACGGUGACGCCGGAGCCACGGCAAGGGCUAGUGUGGGCUAGUGAGGGGCCGCGGCAAGGGAAGGAGCUGCAUAUUGGCGCGCGAUUUGAUCCGCGCUUACAGCAGUGA